AUGGCUGGCGCAUUGAUAUUUUGCAUUUUGUUAAUAAUUAUUUUAACAGCACUUUUAUUUACAAAUAUUUUAAAUUGCUACAACCUGCCACCACUCAUAUCAACGAUCACGGACAAACUGACCAGUAAAAACAACGUUGAUUCAACUGAAGAUUCCACUCUGAACAAGAAAAACUCAGCGGACAAUCAAAUAUCCCCCUUUGAACCCUGGCCCCAUUUGAGGCUGCCUCGGACCAUCAACCCCACUCGUUACAACAUCAGCUUAGACAUCAACUUGGUAGAUUUUGUUUUCCACGGGUCCGUUGACAUUCUGGUUGAAGUGCACGAAAACACCAGUUGGAUUAUUUUGCAUGCGACUGCCAUUCACAUCAAAAACUCGUCCGUUGAAGUGGUGAAAAAAAAUUUUCCUCACGAAUCUAUCGCGAUAAGUCGGUUGUACAGUAACGGCUCCAACGAAAUGUACGCAAUUCAAACUGUCGACAUGUUAAUUAAAAACAGCUGUUACAUAAUCAAAUUUAGAAACUUUAGUGGAAUAUUAGGGGACGAGUUGAAAGGUCUCUACCGAAGCAGUUAUCAAUCCUUUGACGGAAGCACUAAGUACCUGGCAGUGUCUCAGUUGCAAUCGACAGAUGCCAGGAGGGUCUUUCCAUGUUUCGACGAGCCAGACAUGAAGGCGGUCUUUGCCGUCGCCAUCCGUCACCAUAGAAAUUACACUGCGCUAUCCAACAUGGCGGUGAGAAGGAGGACGUUCGAUGGUGAGGCGGUCCUAGUGGAGUUCCACGACACUCCAAUCAUGUCAACCUACUUGCUCGCCUUCUUGGUGGCUGAUUUUGUCAAUAAAAGUAUUGAAAACAGUAACGGCUUCAAGAUUCAAGUAUGGUCGAGGAGGGAUUUGGAAGAACAGACGAGUUACGCUUUGGAGUUUGUAAAUAAAACAUACGAAUUCUUUUCUGACUACUUUGGCUGUUCCGAAGUUGUGACAAAAACAGAUCACGUCGCAGUGCCUGACUUCAGUGCCGGAGCCAUGGAGAACUGGGGGUUAGUUUUCUACCGAGAAACAUCAAUGCUGCACGACAACAACAGCUCCUCCAUCCCCAACAUGUACUGGGUCUCGCUUGUCAUGGCGCACGAGAUUUCUCACUCGUGGUUUGGGAAUAUGGUGACGAUGAAAUGGUGGGACGACUUGUGGCUUAAUGAAGGAUUCGCCAAUACGCUUAUGUUUUUAGCUCUUGAUCACUUUGAAAAAAAUUGGAAAGUGUUUGAUUUGCAGCUUGUCAGCUACAUUCACCCUGUCAUGACCAAAGAUUCCUUAAACACAUCCCAUGCAGUUUCAACUGCCAUCAUCCACCUUGAUAACAUAACAACUUCUUUUGACGCUAUCUCAUAUGAUAAGGGUAUGGCUCUUUUGAGAAUGUUAAAUGGAUUCUUAGGUGCUGAAAAUUUCAAAAACGGUCUGAAAAAUUAUAUAAAAAAGUUUAAAUUUUCCAACGCCAAUAUGUCCCAACUCUGGAGUAUCUUUGAGAGUUCUUCCGAACAAAAAAUCGAAGUUGGAAAAAUAAUGAACACAUGGACAUUGCAAAUGGGAUUUCCUGUUGUUAUUAUAAAACACAUAAGAAAUAAUUUAUAUCUCAUUGAUCAAAAACGUUUCCUAAUGAAUGCUCAAGACUCAUAUGAAGUACAAUCGAGUCCAUACCAGUACAAAUGGAUAAUUCCCUUCAUGUACAAGAUAGAAGAUGACGAUGCAGUUCACACUGUUUGGAUCAACGAUUCGAGUUUGUUCAAAAUGAAAAUUCCAUCAAACAAAUGGGUGCUGGGGAAUAUAAAUUCAACGGGUCUCUACAGGGUCAACUAUGAAAUAAAUCAGUGGAAACUCAUAAUAAAGCAGCUGUAUCGAAAUCACAAGGUCUUCUCUGUAGCCAAUCGAGCGGGGCUGAUAAAUGAUGCUUUCAAUUUAGCGAGAGCAAACAUGUUACCAUAUGAGAUUGUUUUGAAUUUAUCGAUGUACUUGUACAAAGAAGAUGAUUAUGUUCCUUGGAAGGCGUUCUUCGAUUCAAUGGAGUUCAUAGAAGAUAUGUUGUCUACUAGCAAUUUUUAUGGAAAACUCAAAAAUUUACUUCGAAAAUUAAUAAUUCCAAAGCUGCCUAAAAAUUUGGAUUUAAUGGAGGAUAAAGAUUUGUUAAAAAUAAAUUUCGAUCAGCUUAUGUUAUCUCAAGCAAUUCGCUCAAACAUUAAGCAUGUCAUUCAAUGGGCCAAACAGAAAUUUGAAGAUUGGAUGUACUCAAACGCCAAAAUUCCAACACACUACACAUUCGAAAUAUACUCUGUCGGAGUGAUGAAAGGGGAUGAAAAGGAAUGGGACUUUGUGUGGGAUAAAGUAAGAAAAACAUUGAUAGCAUCUGAUGUUGAGUAUUUGAUGAACGCGUUGGCAUAUUCUCAACAGCAGUGGCUGCUCUGGAGAUAUGCCAGCUACUCAUUAAAUAACAGUCUAAUCAAAGUUCAAGACGUGAGAAAUUUGUUUAAAUAUUUCACUGCAACGCCUCUCAGUCGAUCAAUUUCUUUAGAAUUCCUACUCACUAAUUGGGAUGAGAUCUGCUUGAAAUUUGAAUCAGACGCUUUCCUGCUACGUGACGUCAUCUGCUACACAAUGACUUCUAUCAACUCGGAGUAUCACCAUCAACAGCUCAAAGAAUUAUUUACUGCCCGUCCUCCGCCUGGAGUGGCUCUCAAAUCAUUUGAAAAUGCUUUAGCGUUGAUCAGGUCAAAUAUUAAUUGGAUGAAUUUAAAUCAAGAAAGUAUUGGUCGUUGGUUCAACACCUACUCUUUAGAAACAUUUGUUACUCAGAUGACUAAUUAA